AUGUCUUCGGUGGAGGCGACACGCAAUGCCACCGAUGGGCGUCGUCCGCCGUCCCCAAUCCCCCUGCGUGAGGGCGAUACCCAAGGCUCAUCGACACCCCAUAGCGAAUGGGACGAUGGCGCCAUGGCCAAUAUUGCGACUGCAGAGCCCGUCCCUCCCAACGGGGGGUAUGCGUGGGUUUGCACAUUCGCCGUGUUUCUCAUCAACGCCAACACCUGGGGUAUAAACUCGUCGUGGGCGGUCAUCAUGGCCCAAUACUCGACCAACAAGGAGGCCAUCCAGGCCUCGCACCUCGAGUUCGGCCUCGUAGGCGGCCUCUCCAUCUCGCAGGCGCUCCUCGUCUCGCCCCUCGUCACCGUGGUCCGCAGACGCAUCGGCGCCCGGUGGACCAUUCUCAUCGGCACCGCGCUGAUAUUCGUGUCCCUCCUCACGUCCUCCUUCGCCUCCAAGAUCUGGCACCUGGUCCUCGCGCAGGGCUUCUGCUUCGGCUGGGGCAUGGGCUUCGCCUACGUCACGGCCUCGGCGCUCCUGCCGCCCUGGUUCUCCUCGCGCCGCAGUCUGGCCGUGGGCGUGGCGACGGCGGGCUCUGGCAUCGGCGGCCUGGUGUACAGCAUCGUCACGGACCGCGUCCUGCACGCCUGGGACCUGGGCUGGGCGUACCGCGUGCUCGCCGUCUCCGCGCUGUCCGCCAACCUGCUCGCCGCGUUCCUGCUGCGGGACCUCAACGACAAGCCGCGCGCCGCUGGGCCGGGCGAGAUGCGCCCGAGCAGCUUCAGCCCGCGCGACUUUGGGCGCGUCGAGGUCCUCCUCAUUGUCGUCUGGGGGGUCGCCACGGAGCUGGGGUACAUCAUCCUGCUGUACUCGCUGCCCAUCUACGCGGCGUCCAUCGGCCUCACGCCCGCCCAGGGCUCCGUGGCAAACGCCCUGCUCAACCUGGGCCUCGCCGUCGGCCGCCCGCCCCUGGGCUACUUCAGCGACGUCUUUGGCCGCAUCAGCGUGGCCGGGGCGACGACCUUGCUCUGCGCUGUGUUUUGCUUCGCGCUCUGGAUCCCCGCGCAGUCGUUUGCGCCUCUUUUGGUCUUUGCUCUCGUUGCCGGCAUGCUCUGCGGCACCUUUUGGUGCACAAUCACGCCGGUGCUGGCUGAGGUUGUGGGCAUUGCAAAGUUUGCCAAUACCUUUGGCGUCAUUUGCAUCGGGCUCGUUCUGCCCACGACCUUUGCGGAGCCCAUUGCCAUGAAGCUGGUGGAGGGGGAUUCCAACAGCAAUACGGCGUUUAUCCACGCGCAGCUGUUUACGGGCUUCAUGUUCCUCAUUGGGUCGGUGUGCGUGUGGCUAUUGCGGUGUUGGAAGAUCUUUAGCGAUGUUGAGAAGCGAGAGGAGUCGAUGACUACCCUGGAGAGACAGCAUCGGUAUUGGGUCUCCUGGAUCACGCCUCAAAUGAUGUUUAGCACGCAGCGGGUGUAG